AUGAAGUGGAACGUCCUCACAGCCGCCGCGGGGCUGGUCGCCCCUUCGCAUGCUCUCCUGCGCUUCGGCUGUUCCCAACUGACCGUCCAGCGCCUGGACCCCCUGGUCACGCCCGGGGAGAACCCGUCGCCGCAUCUGCACCAAAUCAUCGGAGGGAACUCGUUCAACGUGUCCAUGCCCUACCCGGAGCAUGACCUCCCGACCCGGUCGACCUGUACGAGCUGCCAGUUCACCGAAGACUUUUCCAACUACUGGACCGCCGUGCUCUUCUUCCGCGCGAGGAAUGGAACCUUUAAGCGGGUCCCCCAGCUCGCCCAGGCGGGCAUGGAAGGCACCAAUGGAGGCAUGGUGGUCUACUACAUGUCGGACGCCCUGUUCGACACGGCGCAGCGGUCGAGCGUGACGGCGUUCAAGCCGGGCUUCCGGAUGCUGAUCGGGGACGCGACGUUCAACACGCGGGAGCAGGCGCGCGAGUUCCGGCAGAUCACGUACACGUGCAUGGAGAACCAGGCGUCGCGGCAGCCCGAGAGCGUGGGGUUCCCCAGGACGCCGUGCAAGCUGGGCAUCAUGGCCAACCACCGGUUCCCGACCUGCUGGGACGGCGUCAACCUGGACUCGCCCAAUCACCGCGACCACGUGGCCUACCCGGAGUCCGGCACCUUCGAGUCGGGCGGGCCCUGCCCGGCCUCGCACCCGGUCCGCAUCCCCCAGAUCCUGCUCGAGACCGUCUGGGACACGUCCGGCUUCAACCGCGAGGAGGACUGGCCCGAGGACGGCAGCCAGCCGUUCGUCUGGUCCACCGGCGACAGCACCGGCUACUCGUCCCACGCCGACUACGUCUUCGGCUGGGAGGGCGACUCGCUCCAGCGCGCCAUGGACGCCCACGCCUACGUCGUGGCCCCGAUGCUCAAGACCCAGACCAUCGCCGACCAGAACAAGUGCACCGUCAGGGACAUGGUCGGCGAGGACAUUGACAGCUGGCUCCCCGAACUUCCUGGUGGAAACCAGAUCUAUUGA